AGGCUUAACAAGCGUCGGGGCUUUUCUUCUUUCUGCAGCUUGCAAGGAUCUUUGGAUUUUGCAAAACAGUUCCAAGAAAACAAUGGCCAACUUCUUAUGGACAGUUUUUGGAUUAUGUUUGCUGAAGCUCUGUCUAGCAGAAACAGAAUUCAAUGUAAGUUGCAGAUAUGGAGGAGUUUUUCAUGUUGAAAAAAAUGGUCGCUACAGUCUCACACGAUCUGAAGCAGUUGAACUCUGCAGAGCUCUCAACAGCACCUUGGCAACACUAGAGCAGCUGAAGAAAGCUCAUGAGCUUGGAUUUGAAACUUGCAGGUAUGGUUUCGUGGUGGGGCAUAUUGUUAUCCCCCGGAUCAAUCCCUAUCAUCUUUGUGCAGCAAAUAACACUGGCAUUUACAAACUCUCAGCAAACACAACUGCCCGGUAUGAUGCAUACUGUUACAAUGCGACAGAAACAGAGGAAAAAACAUGUGAGCCAGUUGUAAAAAUAGAUACUUCCUUACUCAGUAAUCAGGAUGAAACAGUCAUUGACAACGCAGACGGCUCCCGUUACAACGCGGACGGCACACGUCACACCGGUGGAGAGUCCUCCACCUCAGGGGUGGAUGAUGAAAAUGCAGGCAGUGGAUCAACUCAUGAGACAACUCCCAUGGAUGCCUCCAUCAGCAGGUCCAGCCCCUUGUAUUAUGGAAGUCCUACUCCAGUCUCACAGCUGCCAGAUCAUUCUUCUGGAGGAGGUGAAAAAGGAAUUCCUGGAAAAGACUAUGAUGAUGAAUUUACAUCUGUAUCACCUGACAUCUCUUUCGCGACGGUGGCUGGUGAUUUCCAUGAAGAAGAUGACGGACAGUAUCCUGCAAGUACUACUGUGGACUCACAACACGAAACACUUCUGGAAAUCACCACACAAGACCAUUGGAACCCCACCUUUACUGAUGAAGAGGAGCAGUAUCCUAGCUCUGCUAGCAAGGCACUAGUUACAAGUGAAAAUGAAAAACAUCAAGGACCAACCCAACAUCCACUAUUACACAGCCUUCAUUCUGGAGGGAUCAGUCAAGAACAAAAUCCUGCAAAUACCACUGGCAGUAUUGAACAACAUGAAUUUACUACUGCAGGUGAAAAUUAUUUUGGAAAGGAAACUUCUACAGCUAUGGUCCCCAGCCGUGGGGCCAAACAGAAUGACUCAGCGCAAGACCCAGUGGUGUAUCCAGGCUGGGAUGAGGGAGAGGAUUAUGCCACACAGCCUGCUGUAAUGGAUAGAGUUAUUCCUUCCAGAGAGAGCAAUCAUGAAAGAGAGUCUUCCACUACAGCAGCUGUUGCCUCUCCUGAUGGUGCCCACCACAAAGAGCCAACUCAACCACUUCUGCCUUGGGAUUAUGAAGCAGAAGUGAGCACUAAAGGCAUCACGAAUCCCACGGAUGCCCCUGGGGACGAAGUUCUCCACAGGACCACAGGCACUAUGAUCAAAGCUGUCACAGCCUCCACUGACAUUCUGGCACCAGAAGAUAUAACCCAGGAAGCAUGGGCACCUCACCUUGUGGUAACAGCUGCUUCCUCUCCUGGUGGUGCCCACCACAAAGAGCCAACUCAAACACCUCUGCCUUCGGAUGAUGAGCCAGGACAGGGCACUGAGGGCAUCACAAAUCCCACGGAUAUGCACAGAGAUGAAGUCCUCCACAGGACCACAGCCAGUGUGACCAAAGCUGUCAUAGAGUCCGUGGAUGAUGCUGACCAAGAGAAAGCAACCAAGGAGCCACUGACAUCUGGCACUGCCCCUGGAAGGGAAGGAGAACCAGCAAACACCACAGAUGGUUUCCAUGUCCAUGGGAUACCUGGAGUUUUUUCUGACAUUGAGGACCGUUUUAUUCCCUUGCAGACUCCUCUUACUACCAGCUCUACCUCUAGUGUAUAUGGUAACCAAGGACCACACAAGGGACAUUUUGAAUCCACGACUUCCCCUGGAGAGACUGCCACAACAAAAAUAGAUUCACAACCAAGGUCGGCCCGUGUACCAGACUGGCUGAUCAUCGUGGCUGCUCUCGUGGUGCUUGCACUGAUCCUGGCAGUGUGCAUUGCUGUCAACAGUCGCAGGCGAUGUGGGCAGAAGAAAAAGCUAGUGAUUAACAAUGGCAAAGGGGCAGUGGAGGACAGGAAGACAAGUGAAUUAAAUGGAGAUAUCAGCAAAUCACAAGAAAUGGUGCACUUGGUUCAUAAAGAAAAGUCAAAUGACCGAACACAAGCAUGUGAUGAAUUCCUGACUGUGAAUGAAACACAAAAUCAUCACGAGUUUGACAUGAAGACUGGAGUGUAAUGGUACCACACUGCCAAGCAGAUCAGGGCUGGGGAAACCAAAAUCAUGUGGAACUUGAACAGGAAUUCACAGAUGCACUGUGCUACUGAUGUCUUUUGAACAUAAGCAUGAGUUCUGUUUCCUUAUAAUCACUUUGCAAUGACGCCUGAGUUUAAAAAUUGACAUGUUCUUUCUGAAAUACACCCCCAAGAGCUGCGUAAUGCUUUCAGUUCCCAGUCCCUUCACAGAGGACUCUCACUGUGUCCUGGAUGUUAGGAGGCAUACAAGUUUGCAUCAUUAUUCCCCAGAUGGAAGGUCUUCACUGUGUGAAGCUAAAGAAGUAUCCAGUCACUCCAUCUUACAGAUAUUUAAAGUAUUAAACAUGCCAUGGUACAGAAAUAAGUGAGGAAAAAUGUCAAGAGUAAAAAAAUCAAGUUUAAACCCAAAAGGCAUCUUCUACAAUGUCUGCAACAGCAGAAUCCUUCAGAAAUGCCUUCCGGCCAGGAAUAGCAGUGGGUACAUUCAGAAUCUGCCAGUAUAAACAAAAAGUGACAUUUUGUAAUUAUGUGUGGCUUGGUCUGCAACGAGGGAAGCCCAGAAGGACAAAAUUUAUUUAUCUCUAUUUUUAAAUAUCUAUGGACAUACAGCAAGUCUUCUCGGGAGGGGUAAUAAAGGCAUGAAAACAUGAGCUGAAACAUAAUAAACUUCUAUUCUUUAUUAUCCUAGCAACCUGUAUAACUAUCCUUCUGUUUUUGAGGUGUUCAUUGCUCUUCUCCCCGCCUCAUUCAUUGGUCCAAGUUUGUGCAUGUUUUUAAUGAGCCUGUUAGUUAAGAUAGUGAAUGAAACAAAAUGACCCCAGCUCUAACACAUAUGCACAAAUCAAGUAAUUGAGAUCACUAGGGAAGCUGACAGUAUUUUAUUCCUGAAAAUAGGUCUCUAUAUUCUGCUCUGUUUUACUGAGGAGAUGCUGAGCCUAUUAAAUAUUUUUCCCCUAUAACUAUUAUAUUAAGCGUGAUUGCUGAUAUUUUAAAAGUUGCUUUUCUGUGAUCUUGCUCAUUUCUUCUGAAUUCUUUUUCAUCUGCAUUUUUCCAUCAGCUUUUUAAAACACCAGAAAGAAAGAUUGCUUGCUUUUUGGUACCAGAAAUUCACUUUCUACAGAAAAGAUCAAAGCAAAUGAAAGGAAACUCUUCCCAGCCAUGUAAUAUAGUAGAGUAGCUGAGCUGCAUUGUUACAUGCUUUUGUUACGUCCUUUUGUGUCUGUUAUGUAAAGUAUUUGUAUUGAGCUAUGAUGCUGUGCAUUAUAUUGAUAUGAAUCGUCAGGAAAACAAUUAUUUACUACCAGUGGUCUGUGCCGUUUUUAAGAAAGCUUAUUGGAAUGGAGGGAGAAUUGUUACUUCUAAUUGGAGUCCCCCCAGGAAAUGCAGGGGAAAACGUUGUUCUGUGUCAGCUGUGGGAUGUGGAUGGUCUGUAGCAGGGUUAUUCAGGAGCUCUGUUCACUGACCGUAGCCCCUGUCUUUGAAACUGUUCUGCUAGGGUAUGUUACAUUAUAUUCUCCAUCUGGAGCAGUUUGGAGGAUGAAUAUUCAGCUGGCUAAAUACUGACUUUAGCUAGCACUGAUCUUUACUGGAACAUAAAGCACAAGACUGUUGAUUAUAUUUCUGAGUCACAGCCCUCCAGCAGUUUCCCAUGUGCUUCAUGGAAAUGCUCAAGUGCCCUGGUAUCUGCUGGCAGAUCUCCUCAGGGCAAUUUACACCUGGGCAAAAAGUCCCAAGACAAGGUGAUGUUUUAAAAUACACACGGGAUGUUUUCUGACUUUAUGCAGGUCAGAUAUUUCAUCUGUGAACAGUGCAUUGAUUCUUGUUUAAUGUUUUUAGCACACUUUUCUAUUUGUCAUUAGAAAUCAAAAUUAUCUGUUGAAGGCUGUGAUUAAACUGGUGUUAGGUACUCAUUCCACUAAGUAUGGAGAUCCAGAGUAAGAAUUAUUCCUCUCUUUAAAUCCAAACUGAUCAUGGGUCUCAGUGAGAAGAACAUAUUUCACUGUCUUGGAGGCUAAACUUCUCUUUUAAAAACCAAGAAAAAUCUGUGGCACGUUAUUCAUAUCCUAUUCAGAUGUUGAAUGAAGAAAUCCGUAAAUUUUUUCAUAAUUUAUCCUAAAGUCAGUAGCUAUAAAAGCACAGGCAACACUGGUUGGGUUCUUUGUAUAUUUUUAAAUGAGAGAUGCUAAAGAGGCAAAGCCAUUAUUUUAUAUAUGCUGAUUCUUUUUAGAUUAUGUCCUGUGACUUAUGUGUAAUUGUUUCAUUAUAGUUUCAAAACUAGACGGCCAUUUCAUAUGUAUAAUACAGUACAUAUUUUUAUUAAUCAUGCUUUUAUUAUGAGGGGUUGUUUGUUGUGUGUAUGUAUUUUUAUAUAGAGCACUUGAUAUAUUUGCAUAUUUAUUUAACAGAUUAAUCAGAAUUAAAGAAAUGCCAUCUCUAAAUUGUAACUAGAAAUAGUAUUGCUAAAAACACAUUGGACUUUAAAAUAAGCUUCCAAAAUAAGCCUGAUUCCACACUGAAGAUGAAACGUAAGUCCAGGUGUUAGUGGGAGAGAAGUCUUCAGCUGGAUGGUUAUGUUGAGUGCUGUGAUCAUUUUUUCUGCUUGCAAUUUCCAAGCCAGGCUGAGGUGGAUGCUGAGUGACCUUGUCUGCUCUGCUGGCCUCCCAUAGGCUCCACAGAUGCUCUGGGAGUUGUGAUGAGCUCAGCUUCACCCCAGAAGCAGACACAGCUACAACUUGGACAACUCAGUAAGAUCUUGAUAACCAUUCCUGGCUCACUGAACCAACAUUUGAAGAGUGCAGCACCCUGCAAGAUCCAGCCCUUCCUUCUGGGUGCUGACAGACAAAUCAGCUGUGACUGACACAUCUCACUGUCUCUUGGUCUGUCCUUGCUUCGUGCCUAAGAAGAAUGAGGAUCUCUCCUAAAAAUGCUAAGGAGCCUGCGAUCAGCUUCUGUUAUUCCUUUGUCUAAAAAGUUUCAAAUAAAUGUGAUCCAGACCAGUGGAAUACUGUCUAAAGCAGCAAGCAUAUUUAAAAGAGUCUCUGUGUUUUAUGGGAAUGUAAUAUUUUCAUGAAGCAAUGCAGGCUGAUUGUGUAUCUGUAUUUUCUUGAAGUUCUGAAAAGGAAUAUAUUAUUAAAGCAGAGAAAGGA